AUGAGUAGCCACGGUAACGUGCUGUCUGAGGAGAGCCUGUCCUGUCCAGUGUGCCUGGAGUUAUUUAAAAAUCCCGUGACCAUUCCAUGUGGCCACAACUUCUGCAUGGAUUGUAUUAGCAGCUGCUGGGAUGAGGACACUGACUCAGACAGCUGUAAAUGUCCCGAAUGUCGGCAGGAUUUCAGCCCCCGGCCCCCUCUCGCCAAGAACUUUGUCCUGUGUAAGAUCGUGGACAGGUUACUGAAAGUGCCUGAGGACAGCUCUCCUGAGAGUGUGGCAGCUCCUGGUGAUAUUCCCUGUGAUUUCUGCACCGACAGCAAACUCCGAGCAGUUAAAUCGUGUGUCGUCUGCAUGGCAUCAUUCUGCCAGCUCCACCUCCGCUCCCACUACGAGGACACUGUCUUCAGGCAUCACCAGCUUGAUGACCAGCUCCAGGAUUUCGGCAAGAGGCGGUGCUCCGAGCACGGGCGCCCGCUGGAGUUUUACUGCCGCACGAACCAGUCAUGUCUGUGCAGCGUGUGUGCCAUUAAAGGCCAUCGGGACCAUGAAACAGUCACCGUGGAGGAAGAGGUCACCAACAUCAAGGAAUUCCACGGCAGGUUGAAGUCUGACAUAUUGCAGAAUUUUACGGAGCUGAUUGAAAAUGUUGAGCAGGCGCAGAGAGAGGUGAUGGAUGUGGUCAGCACAGAACAGAGGAAUGGCAUCAGCCAGGCCAACAGGUUCAUGAGCCAAAUGGAACACAGAUGCUCUGAUCUGAACCGGGAGAAACAGCAACUCGAAACAAUCUCCAGGAUCAGCGACAGCUUCCAACUCAUCCAG